AUGUGUCCGAAGCGAGUACUAAUCACAUACGGUGUGGACGUUGACGCUGUAGCCGGAUGGCUCGGCUCGUAUGGAGGCGAAGAUUCAACAAAUGACAUCUCUCGAGGUGUCUGGGCUGGAACAAUUGGAACAAGGCGCCUUCUCAAACUAUUCGACAAAUACAAAAUCAAGACGACAUGGUUCAUUCCGGGCCACUCAUUGGAGACAUUUCCAGAGGAUAUGGCGGCGGUCCGCGAUGCAGGACAUGAGAUUGGAUUGCAUGGCUAUUCCCAUGAAAAUCCUACGGAUAUGAGCUUAGAGCAACAAAGAGAUGUGUUGGAUAAGACAUAUCGCAUGUUGACUGAGUUCGCGGGCAAACCACCGCGAGGAAGCGUUGCCCCCUGGUGGGAAACAAGCCAAGAAGGAGCUCAGCUACUUCUUGACUACGGAAUCGAGUAUGAUCAUAGUAUGAGCCACGAGGACUGCCAAGCUUAUUAUCUCCGCACCGGUGAUAGCUGGACCAAAAUUAAUUAUGCCCAAAAGGCCGAAACGUGGAUGAAGCCGCUAGAAGCUGGACCACAAACUGGACUGGUCGAAAUCCCCUCCAACUGGUAUAUCGAUGACUUACCGCCAAUGAUGUUCAUCAAAAAAGCCCCCAAUAGCCACGGCUUUGUGAACCCUCGAGACGUCGAAGAUAUCUGGCGCGAUCAUUUUGACUACUUUUAUCGAGAGUAUGACGAAUUUAUCUUCCCAAUAACGAUCCACCCGGAUGUUUCUGGGAGACCGCAUGUCUUGUUGAUGCAUGAAAGGCUUAUUGAACACUUCAUGAAGCAUGAGGGCGUAGAGUUUGUGACAAUGGAACAGGUUUGCGACGAGUUCAAAAGAAAGAAUUCCGUGCCGCCAGGGGCACUGAUGCCGGCGCCACCGGGGGCCAUGCUAGGGAAAUAA